GGAGCUGACACGACCAAUAUAACACGGCCAGAUCAAGAUGGAGCCCAAUCUUAGGCUGUACCAGGCCGGCCCAGCCCAUUCGUUUGAAUUUUGCACAGGAGGAGAUCCCCAAUCUCAAAACACAAAGCUUGCAGAUCCUUUGAACCAGACACAGAUAUGGCGGGGUUAUUAGCAUGGGCAGCGGACGUGGUCGGAGGCCACGGAGGAAACAAUAGUCAAGACGAUGAUGUCGACAAUAUCCCAUUAAUUUUCUCUACAGAGCAGCAAAAGUACGUUCAGGAAUUGGACCGAAAGGCUUCCUCUCUCAGCCGUCAGAUCCAAGAUCUACGUCUCAGGUUACCUCCUCCUGACAUCUCCCAACGCCUCCCUCAUCUCCACGCCCACUCUCUGGCUUCCAAUGCCGCUCUUGCUCUCCAACUCAACGCUCAUUCUGCUACUCGUCAGCAGGCCCAAUUGAGAGAGGAGACAUUGCGACAAGAAAACACUGCAUAUGAAAGGGCUAUAUCAAAUUGUGAGAAUAAAAUACAUGAGAAGGCACAAGAAGCAGAUAUGCUUUGUGCAAAGUUAAAGGAGAUGGAUGACAUUGAGAAAAGUCUGAGAGCUGAAUUGGAAACUGCACAGACUGUCAUGGAUACCAGUCAUUCUAGAAAACCAGCUGACUCCGUGGUUGAAUCCACAACUAGUGCUGAAGAUGAAGCCGACAUAGAAGCUUCAAAAAAAUCUGCCAUGCUAGACAAGUUAGAGAAGAAGAAAAAAGAAUUGAGCUCAAUUGAAGAGACAAUUCAAGAUUUAGAGAAUAAAUGGGAAAAUAUCCAGAAUAAAGCAUUGAAGCAGCCUUCUCCAGCUCAAAGAGAGAAGGCAUUGGACAAACAGCUUCACAGCCUAAUUGAGCAACUAGCUGGAAAGCAGGCACAAGCAGAAGGCCUUGUUGGUGAAAUUCAUUUGAAAGAGAAGGAACUAGAGAGGUUGAAUGGUUUGUGGACAAAGCUAGAAAGUAGUAAUGCAGAGGUGAAUACUGCCAGGAAUCGAUUCGGAAAAGGUGCUUCUGAUAAGGGAUCUUCCUCGGAUUUUUCUGUUGAUUCUCAUCACAAGCUUCCUAAUUCCACUGUUGGCCGGAGUGAGAAUCAACCGAGGCUCAUUCUACUCAGGUCGGCCUUUGUGCUCUACAUUUUAGCUUUGCACAUCUUGGUCUUCAUCAGGAUUUCAUUUUGAAGAACAUCUCAGGAUUACUCUGAUCUUUCUCAUAAUGUUUUUUCCUUUUGCAUACAGAAGCCCAUGUGUUCUUCCCAUUGUGAUAUUUGUUCCGAGUUCAUAUUUUCUCCCACAUUUUGUUUUGCUAAUGUGUAUACAUACGUGCCCGUAAGCACCCGUAAAGAUUGAUG